AUGUCGAAGAAGAAGGGUCUGAGUCUUGAUGAAAAGCGCCAGAGGAUGCUAGAUUUCUUUUAUGAGAAAAAAGAUUUCUUUCAGCUGAAAGAAUUAGAGAGGCUUUGUCAAAAAGAAAAGGGAAUUAACUCUAUGUCUGUGAAAGAUGUUUUAAUGAGUCUUGUUCACGAUGACUUAGUUGAUACGGAAAAGAUAGGAACCAGUGUUUACUUUUGGGCAUUUCCCAGCAAAGCUGCACAAAAGCUUAAAAUUAGUAUCGAGAAGUUAAAGGAAAGUAUAGAAACUACACGCAACCAACUUUCAAAAACAAUGAAAGCACUGGAUGAAGCUUCAAGCAAAAGAGAAGAUACAGAAGAGAGGAGACAAGUUAUUAAUGAGCUCGUUGAGAAGAAAGAGUUACUUAAAUCUCUUAGUGUAGAGCUUCAAGACCUAAGAAAAUAUGACCCUGAUCGCUUACAAGAACUAAAACAGCAACAGCUUACAGCAUUGGAUGCUGCUAAUCGUUGGACAGACAAUAUAUUUGUGAUCAAAUCAUGGUUAAAUAACAAAUUUUCAAUUGACGAAGCUACUUUUUGUCGCCAGUUCGAAAUACCUGAAAACUUUGAUUAUCUAACUUAG